AUGCGGACAGGCGGGCGGCGCGGUGCGCUAGCUGGCUGGCGGCGCGGCGCGCUGGCCGGCGAGCGGCGCGGCGGGUCUACGGGCUGGCGGUGCGGCGCGCUGGCGUGCGCGUUUGCAGGGCGCGCUGGUGUGCGCACUAGCGAGGCGCGCUGGCGGGCGCGUUGGCGGGGCGCGCUGGCGUGCGCGCUGGCGGGGCGCGCUGGCGUGCGCGCUGGCGGGGCGCGCUGGCGGGCGCGCUGGCGGGCGCGCUGGCGGGGCGCGCUGGCGUGCGCGCUGGCGUGGCGCGCUGGCGUGCGCGCUGGCGGGGCGCGCUGGCGUGCGCGCAUGCGGGGCGCGCUGGCGUGCGCGCUGGCGUGGCGCGCUGGCGUGGCGCGCUGGCGGGGCGCGCUGGCGGGCCUGCUGGCUAGGGCGCUGGCGGGCCUGCUGGCUAGCGCGCUUAGGGCAGACCGGGGGGGGGGCACACCAAGGCUAAGGGAGCCUUAA